AUGGCUGACUACAACACCCCUGAGUUCAAGCGCUAUGCUGCUGUUCACGAGAACCCUCAAGGAGGUGGCGACGCCCGGCCAACCGCAUUGCAGAUUGUCAAGGACAAUGAUCUUGAAGGCAAACUUUCAGGGAAAGUUGUCUUGAUUACUGGCUGCUCAUCGGGCAUCGGCAUUGAGACUGCUCGUGCCAUGAAAGCAACAGGCGCCCACGUGUUUGCGACCGUCCGUGAUCUCGGCAAGGGGAAGAAGGCGUUAGCUGACAUCCUCGAGCCCGGAAAGCUCGAUCUCGAACUCCUGGACCUGAACUCUCUCACCUCCGUGCGCAACUUUGCCAAAUCGUUCCUCGCGAAGACAAACAACCAGCUCAACAUUCUCAUCAACAAUGCCGGCAUUAUGGCCAUCCCUGAAGAUAAGACCGAAGACGGGUUCGAGAAACAGUUUGGCACCAACCACCUCGCCCACUUUCUCCUAUUCCAGCUACUCAAACCUGCACUCCUCGCCUCAGCAACGCCAGACUUCCAAUCCCGGGUGGUCUCAGUUUCCUCGCUAGGCCACCGCUAUAACAACAUCGAUCUCGACAACGUCAUGCUCGAAAACGGCGCGUAUGAGCCUAAUCGCGCAUACGCGCACUCCAAGCUCGGUAAUAUCUACCUCGCCAACGAGAUCGAGCGGCGCUACGGAUCGCAGGGUUUGCAUGCGAACAGUUUGCAUCCCGGCGGCAUCUGGACUGGCUUGCAAGACCACAUGGACGUCUCCGCUUGGAAGGCGAACCCCGCGGUCAAUACUUACAUGAAGAACACGGCGCAGGGUGCGGCGACAACCGUAUGGGCGGCCGUUGCCAAGUGCUGGGAGGGCAAGGGUGGGAAGUAUCUGGAUAACUGCCAGAUUGCGCCGCCUGCCCCGGAGGGUGCUGAUGUGUUUACAUCUGGGUAUGCGGAGUGGGCUUACGAUGAGGAAGCAGCCAAGAAGCUUUGGACCAUGAGCAAUAAGUUUGUGGGACUGCCGGAGGAUGAGUAG